GGGGAAGUAGCAUCGCUGCACUUGCAUCAUCACCACCACCACCACCGGCUCGAUGCUCGUGGAAGUUGACCCCGGACGUGGCAUUACCGGAAAGCAGCGAUCCUUCCGCGUGCGACGGCAAGGUGGUGUAGUUGGAAUCGUGCUGGUGCUGGUGGCGCCCAUCGUUCGAACCGAUCGAGUAAAGCGAUUCAUAGUGAUGAUCGGAAUCGUCUGGAACAGAGGGAAUAAGAACAGAAAAAGUAUGAUUAGACUGUGAACGUAACACCGGGGUAUUAACCGAAAGCAGCGCCUACUAUUAAUCAUCAGUCAGAGUGAUGAGAAACAAUGUAAGGCCGGGUUAGACAAAUGUUGAUGAACUUCCAAGUUUGCAUAACCUUUGACAGGAAAAGGGAGUGGAGCAACCGCGUAUAAGCUAUCUGGUAAAUAGUAGGCCAUCAAAACAACGUCUAUGCACCGUUUUGUUUAUUUUAUAAUCGACGAUAAUCAGUUGAUGAUAACGUGAAACAGCGACUUUGCUAUUCGUCUAUGUACACCGUUUUUGAAUUGCAAUUUUCGAUUCAGUGCUCUUUUCAGUGGAGGAAGUAGUGUAGUAGGAGAAAGGACUCACAUCUCAACCUCGACAUGAAGUGUUACUUCCAGGCUUUGCUCAUUGGACUCUUUGUCAGUGGCGGAUUUGGGGAGAUUUCCAGCUCUGUAGUGAAAUGUACGAAGGCGAAAGGAGCCACUUGUGUCAUCAAAUCACUUCCAACAGUCGAUAGUGAGCUACCGGAUUUGUCCAAACGAACCACAGUGCGCAUAUUGGAAGGAUCACUGGCCAAUCUUACUGUGAAACUGGCAGAAAAGCUUCCAGUACGCAUCCUGUGGUUGGAAGGAUUAGAUAUUCAGAGUGUUUAUGUUGCGCCCCACUUUGAAGAGCUGCGGCUGCGUAACAACAAGCUGGUCACGCUUGAAACAAGUGCUUCCAGCACUUCCAGCUACGCACUAAAAGUGCUUGAUGUAAGCAAAAAUCUACUUAACAAUGCUACCCAGCUGGCUCCACUCCACGGUCUGGAGGAAUUGUACCUAGACGAGAAUCGGUUCACCGAGCUCAGUAUGGCUGUGCUCGAGAAAAUGGCACGGCUGCGCAUACUAUCUGCAGCACGGAAUGGGUUAGUCAAACUCGCACCGCCCACUAGCGCGCUGGUGCUGAAUGAUCUGACCACACUGUCACUAGCCCACAACCGCUUGGCUUCGGUGUCGAUGGAAAACUGGCAGCUGCCUUCGCUGCAGACACUGCUGCUGAGCGACAACAGUCUCGCGGAGGUGGACGGAUUGGACGGGUUCGAACGGUUCUUCGACCUGCAGAAGCUGGAGCUGGCCGGAAACCGGUGGAGCUGUGGAUGGCUUCAGCAUGCGCUGGAAAAGGUCACCAUCCGGCAAUCGUUGGCCGACUCCGACGGCACCCUGCUCGACAAGUCAACCGAUGGUGCCGACUGUUCGAUCGAGAAGGUGCAUGGUAUCUGCUGUAGCUUCACCACGGACGCAGACGACACCGAUGGAGACAAUGGCAGUGAUGCCUCGACAGCCCCUGACGCCACGAAACCGGUGGUGGAUGCUUUCCUGCCCGUGCUAAACCGUGUGCGGGAAGCGAUCGUCCAGCUCGAUCAGCGGCAUGAAGCAGUUCGGGUGGCGCAAAGUGAGCUGUUGAAGAAGCUCAACGACACACUCCAGCACCGUGUGGAGGAGUAUACAAAGUUUCUAGAAGAGCAAGAGGAUGAGUCGGAACGUGCUCAUGCGCAAGCGGCACGAGUGUUGCAGAAGGUGAUCAAACUGGAGGGCGCGGUAAAGCGGAUGGAUUCGGAAACGGAGACAGUGAGAAUGAAGGAGCAGGAACGCAAACGCUUGCUACACUUCAUGGUGGACAUGAAGAACAAGCUGCUCCGUCAGGCGAUCGAGACGGACAGUCUUUGGGUGCAGGCAAAUGCCGAAAAGAUCGAUUAUGCACGUCGUUUGGAGGUGGCGUCCGAACCGUCUGCCAAGUGAGAACACAACACCCCAUAUUUCUGUAAUAAACUGCUCGAAAGGUA